AUGGGGUCUGAAGGGCAAUCGUUCGCCGACAUCAUCGCCGAUCCCGGCAUAGGGCGCAUUGUCAUUAUCUCGCUCGUCACCAUCCCUCUAACGAUUAUCGCGACAGUACUCCGUCUCAUUUCGACUAAGCGCGCGGGUCGUAAGCUCUCUUGGGAAGAUCUUUUCGCCGUGCUCGCCCUUGUCGGUCACUUGGGCUAUACCGUCACGCCCGUGGGCGCUAUCCCUGGAGCUGCCGAUCUUUCGGAUGAGGAAGCCAACUUGCUCACUGCCAAGUUGUCGUACGUCGCAACCCCCUUCUUCUACAUCAACCAGCUAUUCGCCAAAGCGAGCCUGUUUAUGCUGUACAAGCGGAUAUUCUGGAGCGAUCUCGUCUUUCGGAGAUGGAUCUACGGGCUCGCGGCUAUCCAUAUCGCUUGGUUCAUCACCUUCUUCUUUAUGGUGCUGUUUCUGUGCAAUCCCGUCUCCAAGUGGUGGGAUAUAACCGGCACGCAGCCUGGCACAUGCAUCGAUGGCAAUACCUUCCUCGUCGCUGAGGAGACCAUCAAUUCUGGCGUCGAUCUCGCCAUGGUCGGGCUCGCCGUCGCCAUGGUCUUUAAGCUGCAGACGCGCAAGCUCAUCAAGAGGAAGUUGACCUUUAUUUUCAUAGUAGGCGGCCUCUCCGGUAUUAUUGGCUUUAUCAAGAUCGGCUUCGCUUACACUACACCGAAUGACAAUGGACAUGGCGACGAGUAUUUUGUGCGCCUGCGUACCUAUGUACCCAACUAUUAUGCCAAGUCCCGUCUUCUGGCAACGCAUAGCGCAAAUUUCAUCGACGUGGAGCAGGCGAUCGCUCCUCGGUUCCUCCAACGAGAGGUCUCUCAAUAG